GUGAGCGACUGUGUGUGCAGUUCAGUGAAUAUCCAUAAAAAAUGCCGAGACCAUCAAGGGAAUCGUACGGGGAUCAAAAACCACCAUAUUCGUAUAUAUCAUUAACCGCAAUGGCAAUAUGGAGUUCCCCCGAAAAAAUGUUACCAUUAUCCGAUAUUUAUCGGUUUAUCACAGAACGUUUUCCAUAUUAUCGACGGAAUACACAACGUUGGCAAAAUUCAUUACGACAUAAUUUAUCGUUUAAUGAUUGUUUUAUAAAAAUACCACGUCGUCCAGAUCGUCCUGGCAAAGGUGCUUAUUGGGCAUUACAUCCGGCGGCAUUCGAUAUGUUUGAAAAUGGAAGCUUAUUGCGACGUCGAAAACGUUUUAAAUUGUUAAAGAAUGACAAAGAUUUAUUGGAUAAUGAACUAGCGGCUUUGGCGAGCAUUAAUCGAUUUUUAUUUGCACCGAACGAGACUACAACGCAUGGUUUACAUCCGACACCUCAUGGUGAACAAUCUUCGGAGUGUACAUCACCGACGCAACUUGUACAUGGUGGUUAUUCGAGUUCGACUCGAGUUCCAUCGCCAAAUGGUACUUCUACCUCAGAGCAAUUAGCAACAUCUAUGUCAAUGGGUGGUGGAAUACGACCGAAACGACCAUUUACCAUUGAAAGUUUAAUAUCACCGGAUAAACCUGGUGCUGGAGCCGUCGCUGCAGACCUCAUACUAGAUUCGAACACGUCGGUGCCACUCACAGCGCAUUCGCAUUCGCAUACCUCAAACAACUUAAACUAUUCAACAACGAAUUUUAAUAGUAACGUGGAUAGUGCCAGUGCGGCUGUUAUGAAUGCGGCUGCAGCCGCUGCCCUCGGAUUUGUGGGAGUUGGGGUUGGGUCAGUUAGUGGGCCUGCAGUGUCAGUGGCACAGCAACAGUCCCAGAAUGGUGUAAGUCCCAUGUUAGUAAUGCCAUCCAUUGCAUAUUUUCAUCAAUAUUCAUUAUUGUCACAUCCAAAUAGUAAUCCGAACAGUUAUAAUUCGAAUGGAUCGAAUGGCGCUCAAGAGCCAUCUCACCAGCACCUCAAUCUGAGUGCCGGAUCGUUAUCGUUAACACCCCAAACGCCCCAAUCAACGUUGAUGACAUCAGUUCAGAGUUCAGUUUCACCAAAUAAUUCAAAUAAUCAAAUUGGUUUUAGAUUGACUGUUUAA